CGCCUUUCUCUUGCCUGUUCAGCCGUCCUUUUGAGCGACCACAGGGUACCGGAAAAAUGGCCACCGUUGAUACCUGGGAUGAUUUUGAGACGCUCAAGCAGGGCAUUCGCCACAAUACCGUCGAUAGACUGAAGCACAUCGUCGCAGGCUUCAACGAAGAGAACUUCACGAUGCUGAGCAAGACAGGAAAAAAGCAGGAUCUCAUCGAGCGCAUAACUGGAUGCAUGGAUCUCUGGAAGGCGAACAGGGACGUCGACAAAUGGACGAAGGCGCGCGGCGUGCUCUAUCAAGUCCGGAAUGCCGGCCAAUACAAGCACGGCGGUUACACUCCAUAUAUGCCCAACACCAAACCUUUUGCAUCCAACGCAGCCGCCGCCGCAGGGCCUAGCACGGUGACACCAUGGCAAACCUACAACGGUAACACGACCAUUCGCAAGACAGUACCAGCCAUACCUGGGGCCAUGGGUGCAGCUUCUUCACAAAAACUCCCUCCCCGUUUUAGGCCUUCUCCGUUCUUCAAUGUCGAACAAAUGGUUUCAAAUUUUGCUGAGUGUCCCGAGUCAACCAGCGGCGUUGAUCGCCGCCAGCAGUCAGUAUCAUUCACGUUGACCAACGAGCAGGUCGAAAAGCUCAAAUCAACAUCCUCGCCGCAUCAACUUCGCCUCUACUGCACAUCUUCUUCAUAUUACGCACCCGCAUCCUUCCGCGCGACCUCUGGGCCAUGUCCUAUCGAGUUCCCACCUACAUGCGAAGUACGAGUGAAUGGUACUCAGAUCACCGCUAAUAUGAAGGGCCUGAAGAAGAAGCCAGGGACAGCCCCUCCCGCUGACUUGACCAAGUUCACAAGAAUGCAGGCUGGCGUCCCAUCGAAGGUGGAGAUGGUCUACGUAAAUAGCCAGCAGAACAAUAACCAGCAACCGGCACCUCCGAAGAAGUACUACAUCGCCGUCAUGCUCGUCAAAGUAACCAGCGUUGACCAGCUGAUUACGACAUUGAAGGCGACGAAGCGAAAGACCAGUGAGGAGAUCCUUGCCAAGAUGAGGGCCUCAGUCUCUGAUGAUGACGAUAUCGUCGCCGGUCCUGUAAAGAUGUCAGUCAAGUGCCCACUGAGCUACAUGCGCAUAAGCACGCCGUGUCGAGCGAUCCAAUGCGUACAUCCACAGUGCUUCGAUGCGCUAUCGUGGUAUUCGGUCAAUGAACAAACGACGACAUGGUCGUGUCCUAUAUGCGAAAAACCAGUCAAUCACGAGGACCUCAUAGUCGAUGGCUACUUUGAUCAUAUCCUGAAGGCCACACCGGAGGAAGUCGAGGACGUUAUGGUGGAAGCUGAUGGCGAGUGGCAUACAUCGGACAAUAUGUACGCCUCCCCCGCAUGGAAGGCAACCCAUAAACCUCCACCGCCAGCCCUCAGCUUACCUCCGACACCGGAGAAGAAACCUCAUCUCAACGGCAAUGGAAAGUCGAAUGACAAGGAGCCGGAACAGGAGGUCUUCGUCCUGGAUGACUCUGAUGACGAAGAGGAGGGACAGGUCAAGCGCGAACUUUCGUUUUCUGUUCGACAAGACUCAUCUGCCCUCUCCAACGACUCGGGUCCUCCCGACUCACAAGUCAUCGACUUGACGCUGGAUUCGGACGAAGAUGAGCCCGCGCCGCCGCCGUCGCUCGCGAGCUCGAACGGGAAACGAAAGGCACUGGACGACCUGCCGUCUCCGACGGAGCAGAUCUGGAAGAAGUCUCGUGUGCAGGAUGCAUCACACACGGUGAUGAGGAGCGUGGGCAACUCUGCUCCUCGUAUAUGAACGACGUGGGCGGUUAUUCCCAGCAGCCGCAACACCCUCCACUACCCUCGUUCCAAUACGACUACAACACCGGACCCGAGAGCCGUCUUCCUCAAGCCUCGUACACGAGUAGUCUUGCGUUCGCGAGGGAUUACCCGCCUCACUACACGCCAUCGUCUUUGGCCACGAACGCGUCGAGCCUUGCUUCGACUUUGUACAAGGAUCGCUAUCAUUCCCAUCGGUGAUUUCCUUCGCUCUUCGUAUCUUGGACGUUUUGCACACUUCAUGUUUUUGUCCUGUUUCUUCGCAUCGCAUAUGGGGUUUUCGCCUACCUAGGAGCGUUCCACGCACAUAAUGUCCCGGUUCUCUUGUACGCCUAUGUACAUAUACAGCAUCGACCACUCGUCGCGGUUUCUAUUGUUUUACAACGCAUGCACCAUACAUGUCCUCCGUACUCUCCACUAAUAUGAACAACAUGAGCCCAGCGCUAGGUUCGUCAGAC